AUGGAUAGGCAACAGAGGAGCUCGAUCUGUUCGCUGGCUUACGGGUCGCUUCCUGAGGCAGGGGCUACAGUGGAUACUCAUCUACUAACACAGUGCCGCCCCCAUUACAAGCCUCCAAGUGCAAUUUCCCCUGUGGCGAAAUAUAUGUUGCCGUUACCCCAAAAGGGCACCCGCCUCGGUUCAUCCAGGGGAGUUUAUGAUGUCCUUUUUUCGCCAUCCAGUCCUUCGCUGCUCUUGGCGUGCACAUCGGAAGGCACUAUUCUUACUUUUGACAUGAACCAUGGAGCCUUUCUUUCUGAAAUGCAAGUAGUUGGGGAGCACGGUGCGGUGCCCAGUCGUAGUAGCUAUGCUGCUUGUGUCCAUGUCAACCGGGACCCGAACACUCCUCUCAUUUUUUCUGGUUCCCCAAAUGGCGACGUUAUGGUAUUCGACUUGCGUAUAUCAGGUCUCAGUGCGAAGCUUUUUGGACAGAAGUUCUGCCCCACUCUUCGCCUUCCUUCCGCGCAUGAUGGUGCUCUAUGUGGGAUCGGUACUGGCGUAGCUUUGCAUCCACAGUUAUUCCUCACAGGAGGCCGUGAAGACCGGUGGAUUCGCGUCUUUGACCUUCGAUUCCCAUUUCAUUACAGCUCUGGAGGCUCCAGCUGCGGACAUCCAACCCCUUACGCACUGGAAGCAAGGCGCUUAGGGCCAAGUGAGCAGGAUAUAGGAAGCCAGUCUCUCAUGGCGUUUGACGUGUCACCCGAUGGCACGUUGCUGGCAGCCUCUAUCGCUCGGUAUCGUGCUGCUGGGCGUGUGGGAACGAAUGAAGUUUUGGAAGGGGCUGACGGGGAGACAAUUCUCAUUAGCCUGCCUGAUGGCAUGCGUGCAAUCAAAACCAUCGCUUCUGCUGAUGGAUGUGCAGCAGAUUUCGUUCAAUUUUCGCCCAACGCCAAGUACAUUCUGCAGACUGGUGGUGAGCAGCGCAUUGUAAGCUGUGCUGGCAGUGCCAAUGCCGUUGUCUUUGUGGCUCCAACUUACGCAAGCGACACGUUACGCACGAAUAGUGCUACGCGGCAACAAGAAGUGUGCCCAAUAGAACGGAAUGAGGUCUCUGGCAGCUCAGCUGAGUCUAGCAGCAGGGAUAAGUCGCGUACAGCUGCGGGAAGAGGAGUGGAAGCUCCCGUGACAACAACUUCCGAGACAGGAGGUGUCACUGCCAACGAGGGACGAGCACCAACAAAGCCAUUGUUAUUUCCGCUUCUUCACCCACAGCUAUCCCAUUUCACCGCGUGCUGCGGUCCGCUUCACCCUGCUUUCGUCCGCGCGGAGGCGGCUACUUGGCCAUUCAAGUGUCGCCUAUGGGGAGGCCUCGUUGUCGGAUACGGCGGCUCCACAGCGGAUCGCCGUGGCUGCCACCGGCUUUAUGAAGGCUUGAAACUGUGGGACUCCACCACGGGUGUCGUACUAAGCUGGGCAGAAGGCGAAUUGGCGUCAGAGGACAACCUGAGGUGUAUUGCGCCUGUUCCGGACGUGAGCACCAGCCUCCUCGUCACUGGAGGAUAUAUACCAUCAGAUCUUGGCAAGAUGCAGCAGUCUGCCCCAUCAGCCGGCUUGACGUUCUGGUCCCUGCGGCGUCGGGACGAUCUGCUGAUGUCCGCCCUUGAAGGUUCACUAUCGCUAGAGGUACACUUAGACGACGAUUCCCUCGAAGGCGGCGGUGACUAG